AUCGAGCUCAUUGGCAAAAUCAAUAGCAACAAGCAGUUGCAGAAGAGAUGGCAAAAUCAAUAGCAACAAGCAGUAGCAGGAGCAGAAGAGAUGAAGUAUACGUAGCAGCUGUGCCUUUAAGAGCCACAAAAGGACCUGCCCAGUUGCUCAUGUCCACUGCUUACUCUCUUAAUUUCUGGGAAUUGCAGCAUUUCAUGGUCAUCAUUAACCCCUCCUCCUCCCUCCACUCUCAGGCUUUAGUGUAUGAUUUCCAACCUCAAGAUCCUGAAAGCAUAGGUGUAGCUGUUGCAGCUCUAUCUGGCAGACAUGUACCAGGAGUUGUUAUUACAAGGACACUAAAGAAGCUGCCAAAAAGGAAGUGCUGGUUUGUUGGCUACUCAGAGAGGGAUGCAAAAGAUUCGGCAAACAGAUUCAAUGAAGGAUGGGAUACUGACUUGAGGAUUAACCAUCACGACUGUCGAAACUAUGCAAAUGGGCUAGUGGAAUAUCUCACUGGAAAGAAAGCAGUGCUGGAGCACCUACAAAGCAGCAGCAUGGCAAGAGAUGACAUGUCAUUACCCAGAAGGACUAAAGCAUAAUACAAGUUUGUGUCAAAGAUGUAUAAAUUAAGUCAUCAAGUAAAUCUUUUGGCUUUUGACACACUUAUCAAUCAAUAAAAGCUCUGCAAAUAUAUGCUCACAGGCUUUACUGACUGUAAUCCAUAAAUCACUUGUAUUCUUUCUUGGACAUUUUCUUGAGUGACCUCUAGUCCUCAUAAUAACAUGUAAGUAGUUCUUCAA